UGUCUUCCAUAUUGAUAGUGACUAGUGACUGCCGAAACCUGUGUAUAUGACUGCGUUCAUGAGUGUACAUUAUACUGAAGUUUGCAGAGUACAAUUGCAUACUCGUUAGUCGCGUGUAAGUUUACGUGUCCUAUAAGCCACGUCAAAACAUUUAAUACAAUGGUGGAAAUCGAGUCUAUGACAAGAUAUGUCUCUCCCAUAAAUCCUGCAAUUUUUCCAUUACUGGCAGUGGUGUUACUAGGAAUUGGAAUAUUCUUUACAGCAUGGUUCUUUGUUUAUGAAGUUACUAGCACAAAAUUUACAAGGGACAUGUUUAAAGAAUUAUUAAUCUCUCUAGUAGCAGCAAUAUUUUCUGGUUUUGGUAUAUUAUUUUUACUCCUUUGGGUUGGAAUUUAUGUAUAGAUUGAUUCAAUUAAUGAGAAAAACUAACUUUAGGAUUAUGUGUAAUAGCAUUUAAGAAAUUAUAUAAUAAUCUCACAUCAUUAAGAAUAAAAACAAUGUAUUUUUACUAAAUCGUGCAAUGUAGUGAUCGAUCUAUACAUUUAUCACACAGUGAACAAGCAUUUAUAUUUUUUAAUAUGUAUCUAAAGUCACUAUUUGAGGUAUAUGACUUCUUUCCAUAGUUUUAAAGAAAUCAAUUAAAAACUACACACUUUUUACACAUUUUUAAAUACAUUACAUUUUGAAAUAUAAUUUCGUAAAACAAA